AUGGGCCCCUACCCACGCACGAGCAGGGGAAAACAAUAUUUACUGGUCGCCACGGAUAUGUUUAGUAGAUGGACCGAGGCAUACCCACUCGGAACAGCCACUACAAAGACGAUAACCGAGACACUCGAAAGAGAAUUCUUUUCCCGGUUCGGAUACCCCCGUGUGUGCCUAAGCGACAACGGGCCUCAAUUUGUAGCGAACGAUAUGCGCAGCGCGAUCGAACUGUGGGGAGCCGAGGGCUGUACAACCCCGAUAUACCAUCCUAGGGCCAACCCCGUCGAACGGCGCAACCAGGACAUAAAAAAAGGGUUGCGCGCACUACUCGCCGGCGGCAACCACAACACGUGGGACGCCAAAAUACCCCCCAUAUUAUUUUCGAUUAGGAACCGACGUAACGACCAGACAGGAUUUCCCCCCUCGGUACUCGUCCUCGGCAGAGAGAUGAAGCGGCCGGGCGAAUGGGCACUGACUCGGACAACGGACAGCCCGAUCGAACAAAUCAAUGUGGGUAGGGAAAGCCGCGAGAGACACGUACUGGAAAUACCACCUGUGACAGGUGACCAGACGUGCACGGCCUAUAAAACAGGCGACACAGUGUAUUACAAAGCGCACCACCUGUCGAAAGCGCACGCGAAGUUCCACGCCGGCUUCGCACCCAAGUGGUGGGGACCGGUAACAUUACAAACGCGCGUAGGCAAAGGCGUGUUCCUUACAGAUCAACAGCCACCACGCAAACUUCACGUAUCAUGCUUAAAACACUCGACACCCACAGAGCAACCCUCACCCGACACCACCGCUAACAAAUAG